GAGAGAAGAGUGGAAAACUACAACACUGCUGCUUCAACCUGCUGACGCUCCACACACUGAAGCUUCACUCAGAGACUAAAUGGCUUCCAGAUCAGAGGAGGAUCUCUGCUGUCCGGUCUGUCAUGACGUCUUUAGAGAUCCUGUUCUCCUGUCAUGUAGCCACAGCUUCUGUAAAGACUGUCUGAAGAGCUGGUGGAGAGAGAAAGUAACAUGCGAGUGUCCAGUUUGUAAGAGAAGAUCUUCAAAAGAUGAACCACCUUGUAACUUGGCCUUAAAGAACCUGUGUGAGACCUUCUUACAGGAGAGAGAUCAGAGAGCUUCAGAGGCUCUCUGCAGUCUGCACUCUGAGAAACUCAAACUCUUCUGUCUGGACCAUCAGCAGCCAGUGUGUGUCGUCUGCAGAGAUUCAGAAAAACACACCAACCACAGAAUCAGACCCAUCGAUGAAGCUGCACGACAAUACAAGAAGGAACUUCAGGAAACUCUGGAGCCCUUAAAGGAGAAGUUAAAGGUUUUUGAACAGGUUAAAGUGAAGUCUGAUCAAACAGCAGAACACAUGAAGGUCCAGGCCCGACGCACAGAGAGGAAGAUUAAGGAGCAGUUUAAGAAGCUUCACCAGUUUCUAGAAGAUGAAGAGGAGGCCAGGAUCUCUGCUCUGAGGGAGGAAGAGGAGCAGAAGAGUCAGAUGAUGAAGGAGAAGAUGGAGGCUCUGAGCAGAGAGAUAGCAGCUCUUUCAGACACAAUCAGAGCCACAGAGGAGGAGCUGAGAGCUGAAGACGUCUCAUUCCUGCACAACUACAAGGCUGCAGUGGAAAGAGUCCAGCAGCGCCCCCUGCUGGAGGAUCCACAGCUGCUCUCAGGAGCUCUGAUAGACGAGGCCAAACACCUGGGCAACCUGACCUUCAACAUCUGGAACAAGAUGAAGGAGAUGGUCUCCUACACUCCUCUGAUUCUGGAUCCAAACACUGCUGGUCCAAAACUCAUCCUGUCUGAAGAUCUGACCAGUGUGAGAGGAGGAGACAAACAGCAGCUUCCUGAUAAUCCAGAGAGGUUUGAUGAACACAUCUCUGUCCUGGGCUCUGAGGGCUUUAACUCUGGGACUCACAGCUGGGAUGUCGAGUUUGGAGACAGUACAGGCUGGUUACUGGGUGUGUCAGCAGAGUCUGCCCAGAGGAAGGGAGGCAAAUGGUCUGGAUUAUGGGGAAUAGUGUUCUGUGAAGGUAAAUACACAGCAUGGUCACCAGCUCCACUCAUUGAUCUCAGAGUCCAGAAGAAGCUCCAGAGGAUCAGAGUGAAUCUGGACUGGAACAGAGGAAAGCUGUCGUUCUCUGAUCUUGAUACUAACACACACAUACACACCUUCACACACACUUUCACUGAGAAGCUGUUUCCAUUCAUUCUCACUGCUGGUCAACUGAAUAUAUUACCACUGAAGGUCUGUGUGACAGUGGAACAGAGCAGUUAAAGAUAAAGAGCAUGAUCAUAUUUAUAUUAAUGAUGUUUAUUUCUUAAGGGGAAAACUCUCUGAAUUUAAGCUGCACCUGUCCUCCUGCUGACUCAUUAUUCCAAAGAUAUGUUUAUUUUUUUUUCAGGUAUUGUUUUAUUAU